UCUCUCACAUGCUAGUUGAGCGUUAAUAGGGUGGGGAGUAAUGGAGAACUCAUCGAAUCUGUAAUAGCUCUUCACUUGACUGCAGCCAGCAAUAACAGCAGGAGCAGGCAGAGAUAAGAGAGAGGAGAGAGAGGGAGAGUGUGUGUGUGUGUGUGUGUGUGUGGAAGAGAGAGAGGGAGAGGGAGAGAGGACACGCUCUCUAAAGCUGCCACUUUUUUCCUCCCCUUCGCUCUUUCCCCCCAUCCUAGGAUCCAAUGAUAGCCGGACAAGUCAGUAAGCCCUCGCUGUCAGUGCGGAGUGAAAUGAAUGCGGAGUUGAGAGGUGAGGACAAGGCUGCUACUUCAGACAGCGAGCUGAAUGAGCCCCUGCUUGCGCCCGUGGAAUCAAAUGACAGCGAGGACACUCCCAGCAAGCUCUUCGGGGCCAGAGGAAACACAGUCCUAUCAGAGCCAGGAACUCCUGACCAGCACCAGGCCAGUCAGACUCACCCCCCCUUUCCCGUUGGGCCACAGCCUCUUCUGACAGCACAGCAGUUAGCCUCUGCUGUGGCCGGGGUGAUGCCGGGAGGCCCCCCAGCCCUCAACCAGCCCAUCCUCAUCCCCUUCAACAUGGCGGGACAGCUGGGUGGUCAGCAAGGCCUGGUUCUCACACUGCCCACAGCGAAUCUCACAAACAUCCAAGGGCUGGUAGCAGCAGCUGCAGCUGGAGGCAUCAUGACUCUGCCAUUGCAAAAUCUACAAGCUACCUCAUCCCUGAACUCCCAACUGCAACAGCUCCAGCAGCUCCAGCUCCAGCAGCAGCAGCAGCAGCAGCAGCAACAACAACAACAACAGCAACAACUGCCUCCUCCACCAACCAGCCAGCACCCACAGCCAGCCUCCCAGACGAACUCCCAGUCUCAGCAGCAGCAGUCCCAGCCCACCCCGCCCCACCAGCCACCACCUGCCUCACAGCAGCCACCGGCUCCCCCAACUCAGCUGCAGCAGGCUACUCAGUCUCAACAGCAUCAACCCCACUCCCACCCCCAGAGCCAGAAUCAGUCAUCUCCAAGCCAACAGAGCUCAAGUCCCCCUCAGAAACCCAGCCCAUCUCCAGGACACAGCCUUCCAUCACCGCUCACACCGCCCAACCCUCUACAGCUGGUUAAUAAUCCUCUAGCAAGUCAGGCCGCCGCUGCUGCAGCAGCCAUGGGCUCCAUAGCGAGUUCCCAGGCCUUUGGCAAUGCCCUCUCCAGCCUUCAGGGGGUCACAGGUCAACUAGUUACUAAUGCACAAGGACAGAUUAUUGGAACCAUUCCACUGAUGCCUAACCCAGGGCCUUCGAGUCAAGCAGCAAGUGGCACUCAGGGCCUUCAAGUACAGCCUAUCACGCCCCAGCUCCUAACAAAUGCCCAGGGCCAGAUCAUUGCCACGGUCAUCGGAAACCAAAUCUUGCCUGUGAUCAACACCCAGGGUAUCACCCUGUCCCCCAUCAAGCCUGGCCAGCAGCUUCACCAAUCUUCCCAGACAUCAGUGGGUCAAGCAGGCACCCAAGGCAACCUUCUGCACCUGGCUCAUGGCCAAGCAUCCACAUCUCAAAGUCCCGUGCGACAGGCUUCUUCUUCCUCCUCCUCAUCCUCCUCUUCUUCAGCUUUGAGCGUGGGCCAGUUAGUCAGCAAUCCUCAAACCGCAGCGGGUGAGGUGGACGGGGUUAAUCUGGAGGAGAUUCGAGAAUUUGCCAAAGCUUUUAAAAUCCGGCGCCUGUCCCUUGGCCUGACGCAGACUCAGGUGGGACAAGCCCUCAGUGCCACAGAGGGCCCCGCAUACAGCCAGUCAGCCAUCUGCAGACACACCAUCCUGAGAAGCCACUUUUUCCUACCACAGGAAGCCCAAGAGAACACUAUAGCUAGCAGUCUGACAGCCAAACUGAACCCUGGCCUUUUGUAUCCUGCCAGGUUUGAAAAGCUGGACAUCACCCCUAAAAGUGCCCAGAAGAUCAAGCCGGUGCUUGAGCGGUGGAUGGCUGAGGCUGAGGCCCGCCAUCGAGCAGGUAUGCAGAACCUCACGGAGUUUAUUGGGAGUGAGCCAUCCAAAAAGCGCAAGCGGCGCACCUCCUUCACACCCCAGGCCCUUGAGAUCCUCAAUGCCCACUUUGAGAAGAACACACACCCCUCAGGGCAGGAAAUGACCGAGAUUGCUGAGAAGCUUAACUAUGACCGGGAAGUAGUUAGAGUUUGGUUCUGCAACAAGAGACAAGCUCUGAAGAACACAAUUAAGCGCUUAAAACAACACGAGCCCACUUCGGCGGUCCCCCUGGAGCCCUUAGCGGACUCUCCGGAGGAAAACUGCUAGACACACCCACCCGUGGUCAGAAGGAAGCGCCACAGAAUCUAAACACUACCCUGAAUCUCCACAAAAAAGAAAGGAAGGAAGGAAGGAAGGAAGAAGAAAGGCUUUAAAGACACCCUCAAUCAUCAUCUCCCUUGUAUGUAAAAGACUAAAAAAGAAAAAAAAGAAAGGAAAAAAAAAAAAACAAAACUACCAAAUGGGCAGAAUGGUUUAUACAUGUCCGUUGGUUUUCCAAAAGGAAAAAGAAAAGGAAAUUUUACAUUUUUAAACAAGAAAUACACCCCACGGAAGGAGUAUGGAUUGUUCCCUCCCCAACUUGUCUCCCUAAAGCCAGUUUUUUAAAGCAAACCAAAUAUCCACUUACUUUUUUCUGUAUAUGAUGAAAAUGUGAACACCUUUUAAGGAAAAAGAAAAAAACUAAGCCAAAAAAACAAAACAAAAAAACCACCACCACAAACUUGUAUCUGUUCAAAGCGAAUGCAAGCCUGCCACCUGGAGGAGUGUCUGCAUCCCUUCAGGGCCUAAGUGCUGAUCACUGCAAAACCUAUUAACCAAAGUCGGAAACACUGCAAAUGCUGUUGCUCGUCUACUCGCCUCUGCGUGGAAAGUUGUUAUCAGUUUUUACAUUUGUACCAACAGAAAAGUAGGACGCCUGCUUUCUCCCACCUUUCUCACUUGUCUCUGCCACCAGGGUGGGUGCCAUCGUUGGAAUCAUUCUGUAUGGCUCACUCUCUGUCAAUUUGCUUCUUAGCAGAAGUAGUUUUUUUUUUUUUUUCCACCCCUGAAUUGUGUUAUUUCCUAUUGUUGUUUUGUUUUGUUUUAGGUGUGUGUGUAGGAGGGGGAGCAACCUGGAUUGUGUGCCAAAGCAUUCGUGGCUUUCUUCUCACUAGGAGUUGUAGGUUUGAGAAAGAAAACGGAGCUCACACCUCCCUUUCUUGCCGGUUUCUCCACCUCCCUCUCAUGUGGCUCCCGGAAUCUUCUGGAAGGUAGCAGAAGUGGGAAGAAACAGUGCAUUUUCCACUCUGAUCCUGCAGAGAUGCAGGAAGGACUCCAGAAUAAUUAGGGCUUUGCUGGGUGACUGUCAACACCAGCAGAGGCUAUAAUUGUGCUCACGGUCUAAACCAGAGAUUGGGAUUUUUCUCAGUCUACUAGCCACACGUGUGGAGAGCUGAUCAAAACUAAUUCUGUAAUAUAAACAUAAGCUGCACAUAUGGUUCAUUACUUACAUUCGUGUUUUGCUUCUGUUCAAAGCAAUUUCUCUCAGAAGUCUGAUAGCCAAAGAAAUGUCUCAAGGUUUCAGUCAGCGCGCACACACACACAAGCAUGUUCAUAUCCAUCCACCUCACACAAAGAGACAGGCCACAAAGAAAAUGACGGUGACCUAGAUUGUUAGAGGCUGCCAAAUAUCCUGUUAGCCUCACCUUGUCUGUGACUUCCUUCAGCAGUCAGUGUUGGCAGACAUUUGGAGCUGGGAUACACCUGUUCUUGGAAUAUAUAAAUGGGGCAGAAAUGUGACAGGCAAAUUUAAGCAAUUGGAAUUGGGCUCUGACUUCUUGACUAGAAAAGAAGUUUUAGCAACCAAGUUUCUCCAAGAAAAGAAAAACUAUACAGAAGCAUCUCAUAAAACAUAUCAGAAAAGCCUUCACUGUUAGAACCAGCAUAUUAAUUCGUUUUUAAAAGAGCUUCCCCAAGGCAUGGGCCACGAGACCCAAAAAGUCCACAGAAUGGGCUAAGAGGGAGGAUGGAAGGGCAAGGGAAUUCCUGGAACCUGCAAAUGUUUUCACCCAGAUAAAGGUAGAGGGUUCUAUUAAAGGAAGCAAAAGAGAAUCAUCAAUCUCCUGUUGUCAAAAUGUAAAUAUUCCUGAGUAAUUAAAAAGCAUGUUCAUUUACUGCCUAGGGGCAAAUCAUGAGAGGUAAAGAGAAACCACACCUCACUCACAUUGCCUAGUUGAUUACAAAGGCCAUCUCCUUCUCCCACCCAGGGCUUCUGUUUUUGUUGUUGUUGUUGUUGUUGUUGCUGUUGUGUUGGCUCCUUUGCUGGUUAUGAAAAUAGGGCAAUGUAAUAGUCCCCUCAACUGGUUCAAUCAGCAAUCAUAAAAAGUCCCAACAAGGAAACUAAGUAACAAUAAUUCUGGAAGUGAGAGAGUCAUUAAUAAAAGUGUUUCCAUGACACCAGUCUGAUGUUAAUUGGACCACAAUCAGCCCGAUCAGUGCCAACAACAUCAUGGUAGCAUUUCACCACUUCAAAAACUGCACAGAUACCAGCAACCCAGACACCGAAAACUUUAUUGAUUAAAACAGAUUUUGUAUUCUCCUAGGACCUGCUCCAAAUUCCAUCAAGAAAAGCUCCCCAGGAAGAGAAGUUAACAAGAUAACAUAUGACGGAAGCUAGAUAUUUAAAUCUGAGCCAGCAGCAGGCACUUGAGGCCUACUAAGUUCUGAGAUCUAUAAUUGGGAGAGCAUAAGUAGAAUAAUGAAAAUAUAAAAUAAAAAUAAUCACCCAGAGUAGAAUAAAAAAGACAUGAAUUCAUCCCAUGGUUGUAAAACUAUUCAUGUGCAGUGAUUUUUUUAUAGUUUUAUAAUUUUGUAUUGUUUUAUAAAUUAUUUAUAUAGUGUUGUAAUGCUUCUUAUAUUGAUUUUUUUACUGAUGAAUUUUUUGCUACAAGGCAAAAAAGAUGCCUGAACAGAUUCUUAGGAAUAUAAACUGUACUUGGGAACACACAAGCCUUCAGGACCACACCCUACUGCUUAAUUUUAUUAGACGUUUCUUAUUUCCUCUGGUAAACAACUUCAUAUGCCAAAAACAUCUAAGUGUCUUUCAUGUUUCCAUGAACUGAAGGUUAAGGUUAAGGUUGCCACCAACAAAAAGUAAAAGCCACUUUGGGUGUAUGCGUUGUCUUUCAAGCUUCUGUACUCUUUCUCACACAUUUUAAAAAUUGUUGUCAUCUUCGUUUUCUUCAUCAGUGAUGAGAAAUGACAGCCGAUGCUGUACUUUACACUUGCUUGUGGGGGUUGUUUUCUCUUCCAACCAAGAAGAUAUGUUGAGUAGUUAAAAGUUUCACUUGCCUUUGCAAGUUCUGGACUCUUUAUUGUCGUGAUCACACAGUUGCACACACACACACCACACCAUAAAAGAGAACACAAAAGCGGAAGGAGCUGGGGGAAGCAGAACAAACCAAGUAGAGGCGUGUCAAAGAACUCAAGCUGUAACCAAAAAGAAAUCCAAUUGCCUUUGCUCUCUUCUCUACGCUGGACCAAAGCUCAGUAUGUGUAGGUAUAUGCACAUUGUGUAGAUAUGGCUAAAUGUUGCUGACAAUCUUGCAAUACUAAACUGUUCCUAUUUUAAGAAAAAAAAAUCACAAACUGUUCAUCAAUGUUUUACCUCAGCACUCUACUUGUACCCAGUUAAUGAUCAAGCAUAAAAACAAUGGAGAAAAAGGAAAUUGAUUUUCAUUUCCAUGUCUGACUGUAAAAAAAAAAAAUCUGGAUAAUAUUUUGUAAUGAGCUUUUUUGUCAUGUGAUUUGCUUGUCUUCAACUUGAAAUUACGUGAGGCACAUUGGCUUAUUUGUUGUUGAAAAGUGAUUUUUAUUUUUUGUUUUUUAGUUUUGUUUUUAAUUAGUUAUUUCGUCCUCUGUGCUGUGAUCUAGACUGGUCACCAGGGUCACUUAAUGAGGCACUGUAAAGACAUCUGCUUCUCCAUGCCUGGAGCAGGCAGCAGGAGAGAGGGCAGGAAAAGACUGGGUUGUUCUGGAAAAACAAACAAACAAACAAACAAACUCAUCAUGACAAGACAUUGACAUGAUAGACAUGUGACCAAGAAGCCAAACUGGAUAUUGAAAAGCUCCUUACUUGUUCUAACACUGAAACCAAAGCUGACUUUUCUGCACAGGUUGCUUAAUGUUUAAAAAAGAAAACAAAAACUGUACUUAAUUGAGAGCAAUAUCUGUAUGGUCGGUAAAGCUGCACUUUGUGUAUUUCUUAACAGCUUCAGAUCUGUCACUUUUAAUUUGUACCAUGAAAAAUAAAGACUUGUUUGACAUGAA